UGACCACCUCAUUUUUGACCGACUUUUUAAGCAAAGUAUUAAACUGCGCUUUGGGAGGUAACCCCGAUCUGUUUGUUCAUAAAUAUUUCAACUGAAGUAGACCAGAAAAUCCACAAGAACUAAUUAAUCGAACGGUCUCGCUGUAAUAAAUUUUCCCAUGAUAAUAAAUAAUGACCAUGAGAAUUAAAAUCAAUAUUGGAAGCAGAAUGAUUGCGAUUACAAUGUCCACUGACUCUCUAAGUUUGCUAGAGCAAUAAAGGUAUUAGCAUCAGUAUAUACAAAAAUAUGGAUGGGCAAUGUAUUGGCAAAGGAACACGUAUGACACAUGUGCGUGUGCUGCAUUUGGAUGAUAGCAUACAUACUUUUCAAAUUUCGGGUCAUGCAUUAGGCGAGGAGUUGUUCGCAACAGUUGUCGAUCGAUUUCGAUUACUUGAAGCUAAUUACUUUGACCUAGAAUAUACUAACGAUGAGGGAAUGCGAUGUUGGUUAGACCAUAAUAAAACAGUUACGCGACAGUAUUCUGCCAAUGGAGAUUUUAUUUACCGAUUCGCUGUUAAAUUCUAUACACCUCAUCCGAAUCUACUCGAAGAAGCGUAUACACGGUAUUUAUUCGCCUUGCAAAUAAAACGUGACCUGGUCACAGGUACUUUAUUAUGCAGUGAGAAUACAGCUGCACUACUUGCUUCAUACAUUGUUCAAGCUGAAAUAGGAGAUUUUAUUCAUGAAGAAUACAGAACAAUUGCCUAUUUAAAGCCAUUGAAGUUACUGCAUGAACCUACUGACGAACGUUUACGUCGAGUUAGAGAGUUCCACAAAGCUCAUGUUGGUUUAUCCCCAACAGAAGCAGAUUUCGCCCUACUGGACACGGCUAGAAAAAUUGAAUUCUACGGUGUACGUUUACACUUUGCUCGUGAUCAUGAGGGUCUAGGACUCAAUCUAGCUGUCACUCACGUUGGUCUGUUGGUGUUUCAAAAUUUGAUAAAAGUCAACACUUUCUCUUGGGCAAAAAUACGUAAAUUAAGCUUCAAAAGAAAGAGAUUUCUUGUCAAACUACAUGCAGAUGUUUAUGAUACAAUUGAAUUUAUAUUUGAUUCACGUGAUGAAUGCAAACAGUUCUGGAAGAAGUCUAUUGAACAUCAUACCUUCUUUCGAUGUACCUAUCCCGAUCGUCAAUCACAGAAACGAUCACGUUUAACGUCGAGUGGAUCAUCAUUUAGAUAUACUGGACGUACACAACAGGAAUUGCAAGAAUAUGUUCAGAGAAAUUACGAAAAAAGACUGCCAUUUGAAAGGCCAUCGGCUGCUAGACAACUUAAUACAAUCAAAACAACCGGACCCACCUAUUCCAAAAGGCGACUAAAUUCUGCGUCACUUACACUACGAUCAAGUUCAGCCGACAGGCGCAGUUUUAUGUCAGGAAAUAUGAGUGGAAGUUUGAUUGGUACACUGGGCAAACAACCAGCAUUAAAAAGAGCCCAAAGUAUGGGGGUUAAUGCGAUCAGCAAUAACCAACAAAUAGUGGACGGAUCUCCAACAAAUAUUCAUUUACCGAUAACAACACUACCUACCAGUGGUUAUGCUACAAUGUCUGGAAGUGCUACUGGUAGCGGUCGAAGUAGCCAUCCAAGAAAUAUCGAAGACUUGGAAGAAGGUGAAGCGGAUAAGUUACAGCCAGACUCACGAAGUGAAUCGGGGAGAAGAAUGACUGGAGAUUGGAGUGGAGAUAACGAGAAUAAACUCCUGGAAGAAGAUAUUUCAAGUCGUGCAUGGAAAUCUGAGGCUGGUUCACCGGGUCAGAGUGCUGUGGCCUCACUGUCUCGUCUUAACCUGGAACUGGACGCCUUUCUGACUUCCAAAGAUGACCGGACAUCUUUAUCUGACCAACCGAUUCAAAAUGAUUCGGAUGGUAUGAAUAAAGAUGCUGAGAAGUCACAGUCGAGUAAGACGUCUACGAAUCUGGUUGAUCUACUGCAGGAUGGUUCUAUAAGGGGAUACUUGUUUUCAUCAUCUCCUUCAUUCGAUCAGGGCAACGAGAAACUUCCAGACUUAAGUAGCUUUAAGGCAAGUGAACAUCAUUUAAGUGAUUACAAUACAUCUCGCUCAUUUAAUUUGAUUCAUACAUCAAUUUUUGAUUCAGACAGCCAGCCAAGCUGGUCUCUUUCAUUUGCUUCUAAAAGUCUGGCUAGUCAACCAGAUUCACUUCAUCGUUCUGAAUAUUCACAACCGCCUCCUAAGCCGCGUCGAACAUCGCAAAUUCUAACGACACGCGAAGAGAACAGUAUGAAGUUGUCUUCUGAACCUAUUCAGUUUGAAAGAAAUACACUUAUGGAACCAUCACUGGGCGAAAUAAUUCAAUUACAUAUGGAUACAGCUAAUAUUUUAAAUCCAAUGACAUCUAUGUCUUCACAAAGGCCUGAUUCAUCUGGUAAUAAUGCAGAUGCAGUUGAUGGUAAUGCAUAUUCAUCAAAUGUUACUACAGCCAGUCUAGUGGAAUCUCGACCAUAUGAGGCUACAUUAAUCUUGCCGACUGUUACUCAACUUGGUUUGGAAAUCAGUUUAGAUGGAGACCUAUCUUUCACCCGUACCACCUCAGUAUCAUCCAGUGUUAUAACUAGCUUAACUAGUUCUACAUCACCAUUAAGCAGUAUCACCGCGACAAGUGCAGCGCAGUCUUCAGUUGACAGUUCUACAGCUACAACAAUGACUUUGUCAGUGUUACCUAACCUGUCUAUAAGACCACAAACUGUUGCUUCAUCUAUCACAAUACCACCAUUCACAACAUCCCUAUCAAUUCUUUCAUCACCGUCAACGUCAACCACGUAUACAACAAAUGUAACAAGUACUAAGCCAUCCCAAAAUCAACUAUUCACCGACCAAUUGUUAUCUCCAAAUCAUUCAAUACUAUAUGACUUUUUACCACACGAAGAUACAUUUUCAAUAACUUUAAAUGAUAUUACGUUACUGAAGUCAACCGAGUCAAAUGAUACAACGAUAAGAGACAUACAACUACCUAAAUCAGAAACUGAAUCAAACAGAGUACAACUAAGUGAUUUUCUGCAAACUUUUGGAUUCACAAGUAGUUCAAAUGAACCCAUGGAUUUAGUCAAGUCUAUAACUAAACCAAGUGAUAAUGAAACCUAUGGAUGUUUAUUUUUAGAUGAGUUUGAUUCAAAAGCUCCAACGUUUUCUACAGCCAGUACGACUCAAACAUCUCUAUGCACAACUUCAACACUUUCUCUGGUAACAACAUCUCCGACUACAGCACAGUCGCUUGGCACAACCAAUUCGGUUACAGGGACUAAAACAUAUGACUCUUUAUUCUCUAGUUUUGAUGUUGGAGUUUCACGCUUUAACUCUGGUGUAGAACCAAUACAUGUUGCAUCAUUGGACCAAUGGAGCUCAAGUAGUUCUGAAAGUACAACUGGAGUUAUAAUACGCUCAGAUCUAACUCCGCAUACAUCGACUACAUGUCAUCAUUCUGUACCUUGUAUUAAUUCUAAUAAUCCUAUGUUACAACAUUCAAUAACUUGCCCACAUGCAUCGAAAUCUAUACCCUUAGAACAAACUAAUACCUAUAUACUCCCAUCUGAGAAAGAUAUCUCGACUAGUCAAAGAACUGGAUACAAACAAGCAUUUAAUACAAAACAUCUUACUUCACGUAACAAUGCACCAAGCAAAUCCAAACAUUCGAAACACUUUCAGAGAUAUGAACACGUAUGUGCUCAUGGUCAUCAUUUGUCUAAUUCAAUUCCUGCAGGUAUUCAUCUGAGCGAAUUAGAUGAUUCACGUGCAUCUACAUCAUAUAUCCAGGGUAUGAUUCCAAUGGAAACUGUGAAGCAUAUGCAUGGGAAGCACAGUGAAGGUAAAAAAUCAGACCAAAUGAAAAGGAAUAAACACCAGCAUAACACACAUGGACAACUGGAUCAGUCAGCUGAUGCUAAUCAAAAUUUAAUGUCACUAAACGACUUAGAGACUGCUGCGGCUGAAAUGCUUGAAGAAGUGCCAUACGUGGUACUUAGACGUCCUCGUUCGGUAGAUGUUAAACAAUACCAACUUCACCUGGAACACCAAAGGCAACAAGCAGCUGCUUUGGCUGCAGCCACCGGUGGUUAUCCUUUCCACCUGUAUCAAACACCUGGAGCUCAUUUUCCUUUCACUUCUCGCCUACCGAUUGGGUCUCAGUUGCCAUAUCCUCCUUAUGUCCAACCUCCACCAUUCCAUGGAUUUACUGGUCAUGAAUUCGGUCAAAGUCAACAUUUAGAUAUACCGAUUACUUCUGAAUCACACCGUAAAUUUGGCCAAUCAAGUAAACAAAUGUCACAUAAGUAUCCCUCAAGUCAUUAUAAACAGAUAUCAAAAGAAGAAAGUGAUUCAUGCAAAAGACAUUCCAAGAGGACUCAUUCAAAAAGUCGAAAAGAAACCGAACUAUUCGCUUCAGACGAAAAUGAUCGUUUGGCAAAAGGUGAAAUGAAACAAAAUUAUCCUACUAUUUCUGAUUCCAUCGCUCAAAUUCGUACAUUACCGUCUUCAACAGCCAAUGUACAUUCUCAUCACCGCCACCAUGAACACUGUGUGCACAGACGUUCUGAAAUGUUAUCGAAAAUGAAGAAUGGUGUAUCGGGAGAAAGAAAGGUGAAAUCUUCUACAUUAACAACUGCUGCAACUACUAUUUCGACGGCUGCAACUGCUUCCACUUCAAGUCCAUUUAGUGACCAACGAAAAACUAUCAAGUCGAACUUAGAAUACGACAUAAGUCUAUCUCGAAGUCAAGAACGACUGAUAUCUACAAUCCCGUUGACAACAGUUACAACAACUCCCAGUUCAAUAGCAUCAAGUAGACAAAAACCUCAACCUCAGGAGCAGCAGCAUCCAUCCACUACAGUACAUGACAGAAAGAUUAAAACAACAGCAGAAACCCAUCUGUUAAAACAAGCAUUACUUCCAGAUGAACGCGAAGAAAAUGGUGAAAGUGAAAUGCCAUAUCCCGUCUCAGUGUCUUCUGUAAAACCGGUGCCUAAACUGGAGGCAACGCCAACCACAAAGUCAGUGUAUAAACGUCAAACACAAGAGCAAUUACAACAUCCAAUACCACCACCAUACUGGUAUUAUCAGCAGAGUGAACAAAAACCACAACAGUAUCAUCACCAUCAUCCUGCUUGUGCUUCACUAGCUGGCAAACACAGCACCUCAAAACCUUCAAGUAACCAAACACAACCGAUAAUUUAUGGUUCGGAAUUUUUGGCUACAAAUUAUCCGCAUAUAUUUACUAAAGUUUUAAAACCAUCAGCAGCCGGUGGUAAAUCGGAGCCUAGAGUUACUUCAACAAAAAAGAAAGUCACUUCAAAAUCUGCUGUACUGCCAACUGAUCAAAGUAAAUCUACUGUUUCGCGUGACUCUGUUGAUGAUAAAAAGGAAGGCAAAGAAAAACUAACAAAACAGUCAAAGAAGUCACGAGAAAAAUCUCAAACAGAUGAUAAGAAAACAACUAAAAUAGACACGAAUGAAACUUUUGAACAGCUAAGGGAAGAUUUACGGUCUGCUGGAUUUAGUGUGAGUGCAAGCCGUCCGUAUACUGGUAUACCAAAAUCUGGAGAUAAGCGUACUACAGACAUUCAUAUCAAAGAAUCUAAGAAGGCUAUAGAUAAAAGUAAACAGUCGGAUAUGGCAAGCGGACAGGUGAAGUCUAUCUACACUGGAGUAACGGCAAGCACAUCUACUCCUGCUAGUGUUGCUAUGCCCUCCAAUGCCGCUGGUACUGCAUCUUCACACAAACCUGCAAAAUCAAGUCCAAUGGAAGAAAGUAAAGCAAUUAGUUCUUCCGCUGGUAUGGAUAUUACAAGUCUUAUUCCAGCACUGGAUUCAAUAUCAGGUGUGUCUCCACGUACACCUAUCUACUUAGAUUCUGAAUCGGAAGAGGAACCAAUCACAGAUACGAAAGGCAUGAAAACUGUUGAAAAGUCAUGUAAAGUAGAAGCAAAGGCUAGUAAGAAACAAGUGGAAGAGUGGAUAGAAAAAUCUCAAACAGCUUACGCUAAAGAUACUGCACCUGAAGAUGCAAACAUUCAGAGUUUAAAAGAUGAAGAUGGCAAUCCUGUAGAAAUACCCAAUGACGUUGAUUUACAUUCUCGGCAAAAGAUUGAUAUGACUUCUCUGUUAGCCAAGGAACAUUCUCAAACCAGUUUAAGUCAACGUUCCCUCAGAUCUCACUCUCCGUCACUACCUCUUUCAUGCCAUUCCAUUGAACCAGGAAGCACAGAUAUUUCCCUUAGCUCCGAAAUGUCAACCUCUUCCAGUUCAUAUUCAAUGCUUUCUGGUUAUGAUUAUACACCAAGCGGUGGCUGCUCUUGUGAGCGUGUCCACAAGCAUGGUUAUGAUGACUACUCUCUGUCAUCAUAUUCUUCAUCAUCUUGUGAAUAUCCUCACUAUACACAUCGGUCUCACCACAGUAGACCCAGUUCAUUUCGUAAAUAUCAUGAUUCUUACCGCCAUCAACCUUGCUAUUGUCAUACAUGCACUUCACGAUCAAGACAUGGUCAUUAUAAACGUCAUGCAUCUGAACAUCAAAAUCAUAGACGUGUUUCUCACAAGCAUCCCGAACGCCAUCAUUCUCACCAUUCGGAUCAUCAUCGGUACCACAGUCGCAGUCGCCAUUCAUCUGGAAAACAUUCAUCAGGUUAUCACCCUCACCAUCAUCACUACCGGCAGAGUCAUCACCAUCGUCAUCAAAAUAAAUCUGAAAAAACAUACAAAGAUUACCAUUCAGAUGAAUUUAGCGACCAUAAAAGUGCGUCGAUCAGUUCAAGUAGUAAAUCUCUGGAGAAAAUUUCGCUUGAUGAAACUGUUCUAUUAAAGUCUAACUUGGAUUAUUCAUCAUCAAUUCUGUCAGGCGAAAAGUUGUCAGAUGUGAAAAAUUCACAGAGAGAACUUUUGUCGAGCCUUAAAUCACAAGAGCGAAUAUUAAAACAAGAACUAGCUAAACAACGUGCAUUAACUGAGAAAUUAGAAAAAAUCAAACGUUACAAUGAAAAGUUAAUAAAUAUGGAGAAAGUUAGUCUAUCGAAUCCAAUUUUAAGUGCUUUAAAAUCUGGUGAAUACCAUCCAGCUGAUGAAGGAGGAGAUAGCAAAACCAAAAUUGUUGAUGACAGUGACAAGAUUCAGCCCACAGUGUCAUCAUCAGAGUCGAAAAAAAAACAAAAUCUAUUAAAUGAACAAAAGGAGAAAGAUGACAAGAAGACAGUACACCAUCGCCAACGUCAUAGUACACUUUCCAGAUCGUCAUCACAUAAGAAAUCAAGAUCUCGUUCAGGUCAAAGCAGUAGCACUAGUAGACGACGGUUAAAAAAGAAAAUGCAUGGUCAGGAACGAAAAACUUCAUCAGAUCAUCCAGUAAAAUCUGAUGAAAUGCAGGAACAAGACAAAAAUAAAGAGGCAUCAGAAUCGAUAACUGUUGGACAAGAUUCACAAACCUUUGAAUCAAAAGAAGCAAGUUCAUCGCACAAAAAGAAAGAUAAGAGGGAUACAUUUGAUUCAGAACCACAAAGACAUCAUUCAAAACAAGGGACACGGCAUAGACAUCAUCAUGAGCAUCAUCGACGUAGACAUAGUGGUCGUCGUGAUGCAGAAGAAACAAAAGCUGUCGAUAAAACUUCCUGUAAGCAGGUCGACGAAGAGCAAAAGUCAAAUCAAUCAGAUGUGCAAAAAUCUGGACUUCCCAGUGAAGGUAAAGAAGACUCAAUUAUAAAUGAAGACAAUUUGUUUAUCAUUGCCAAUAAGGGUGCUUUGGCUUAUCAAGAUGGUGAAGAAUACACUUUGCACGAACAAAUGGCAACUGACACUUCAACUUCAAUUACAAAAUCUGAACCACAGAUUCCCUCGUCUACAUGUGAGUCUUUUUCGUAUACACCGGAUAUAAAUAAGGUGAAGUGUGAUUUGGAAGUGAUCAGUGAAAAACAAGAUGAAGGACAACCAUCCAUUUCUGGAGAAAUAUCUAAAGAAGAUCAAAACCUAUCCAGUGAAAGAAAAAAGCAGAGUCCUAGUUAUUAUGAAAAUGUAGAUAUCACCACAACUACUUUAAAGCAGACAGAGGAAAAUGGGUCAGCUGAACCAGUGACUGGACAGUCAGUUGAAGCACCUCCAGUUUCACCAACUUGUCCUCCACCAAUUCCUUACAUAAUCCCGCCAAUCAAUGAUGAAAAUGAUGAGCCAGGAGAAAUAAUGAUCCAACAGGCAAUCGAUUUAAUAGACGAGGCUGUUGCUGAAACCACUCAUGAUAAUAGCGAUAAUAGUAGAAGGCGAUUACUCUCUUCUAUUAAUCAAUGUCUUGAAUAUGGUUCAUCCGAACAAGUAGUAGUUGAUGAUGACAGUGAAUACAAUGGAACUAGAGUUUUGGACAUACUCGAAGAUAAUGUAAACAUACCUAACACUAUUAUUAAAUCUGACGAUGACGUCAAAACAAGAGAAAAGGCUGAGGAAACAAAUGUAGUCACUGAAACUGAAAGACCUUGUUCACCAUGUGAAUCCACAACGUCUGCAAGUGAGGGCAGUGAGGAUAUUGAGCCAUUUCCUCCCCCACCACCAGCUGAAGUUCUUGCUGAAGUGAUUGAAGAAGAGGUUGGACCUAAUACAGAAAUCGUUGAAGAAGAAGAAGAAGAAGAGAAUGAUGAGGAGGAAGAGGAUGAAGAAGAAGACAGGCAAAAGUCAAGCUCCGUAUCUACAGUUAUCGAAGUCAUGCAUUCCGAUUUAUCACCAUCAUCAUCUGUUCCUUUAACAGCAACUACUGCUGACAAUGGGAAUGUCACUGACGAUAAAACAGAUGUCCAAGAAGAACAAGUAAAACAACAUGCAUCUUCUUCUGAUGAAGACGUAACAAUAGCUGAAUCUUUUGAAAAAGAGGAAAAGCUGGCGACUGCCGCUGAAUUAUCUGUUAAAACAACUCAAAGUACCGAUUGUGAAAAGGAAACACCAACAGAACUGACAGUGGAGGCUAAGAUUUCUGAAAAUGACUCACUCCCAUCUUAAAAAAAAGAAAGAAAAAAAAUAUCAAAUAUGCAUGCAUCUCUCUGAUAUUCGUUGAUAUUCAAUAAUUUGUGACAAAAAGGUAAAUUUUUAAUAAAAAUAUGGAGAAAGAGACCGGAAAUUUGUUUCCUUCUUCCUUUCUUCCCUCAUUGUUUGUUUUCUAUUAGAUUACUUGCAAGUGGUGGUUGAUUUUGUUUUUCCAAUGAUUUGAUUUUGAAAUUUGAAAUUUUUACUUUGCGGAUUCUUCAUUUUGCUUUCCUUCUAGCAUCCACGCUAAUUAUUUUGUCUCCGUUUUUUUUCUGCCAACUUUAUUUUGUUUUCUCAAAGUGCUGAUGAGCAUGUAAAAGAAAAAAACAACAACACUUUAUAUCCCUAAACACUGAUGGUAUUAAAGAUACUGCUGCUAGUAGUGUUAGUUGUAGUAUUAUUAUUACUAAUAUUAUCAUCAUUACUCUUGUUAGCUGAGAGUGGUAGUGUUUUGCAUUUCAUACAGUAGAGUCUAUUAUUUUUUUCUUUUGUUUUAUUGUGAUCAUUCUAAAUUUGACUUUCAAGUUAAUCAUACCACAUCGUGUAGCACAAAUCCUUAAUUAAUUACCGUUCAACUGCUCACUUCUUCUACAGAAACAUACUUCAAUGUUUUCACUACAAGUACGGUUAUGCUCAUAUAGAUAUAUAUAUAUAUAUAAAUAAUGGUUAUUAAUACUUCUAGCGAGUACACGUAAAAGAUAAUCUUUACAGUCUUGUUCUUUUCUUUUCUUCUCUUCACCUUUUCUUACAUUUUUCAUUAGCUGAUGUAAUAUUUCGUAUGAUUAAGGUUUUGAUACUCACCCUUGGAAAGAAUGGGUGAGUGUUUUCAAGUUUGUAUCCCGUGUGUGUAUGUGUGUAUUUGUGAGUUUGUACCUCUAUCAUUUUCCUCGAUUGCUGUUCUAUUUCUACUAUGAUUUGCAUUCGUUUACUUUAAAUUCUAGUAUUAUCGCUUUACUUGUCUGUUUAUCUAAUUCCUUAUUAUAUUCUCAAUAGAUAGUAAUGAUAAUGAUCAGACACUGAAUUAUAUAAACAAUAAUUGGCAAUAGUUACAGAUAGCCUAUUAUAUUCAGUACACUGAAUACCAAUCUCUUCAUCAGUGUGAUAUGCAUACAUUUUAAUGCAUGCACUGAAAUUAUUGUAUCUUCCACAUAUAUAUAUGUAACUGACACAAUAGAACUGUAUUUGUAAAUAAUAAUGGUAAUAACAGUAAUUCAUGUAAUUUAUAAAACUGCUCUACUUCCAUUUUGAUCUCCUACCUUCCAUUAAUAACAAC